UGUGAAUUGUGCUUAAGAAAAUUUCACAGGACUGAAGCUUGUGUAGGGUCUGGAUGCAUGUCAUUGGAAUCAAUCACUUGCAGAAUGUGUUCCAUGAAAUUCACGGGGAGAAUACCCAAGAGGAAAUCGGACGAUGGAGAAAUUGGAAAUGAUAAAAAUCUGAAGAAAAGGAAAGCAAUGGAAAAUGCAGAUUCUGAUGUGCUGUUCACAAAGAAUGGAUCAGAUCAAAACUUGGAAGUAUCGGGAAAGAAUACAAAAUUCCUCGUGAAUAAUAAUGGCUAUGAUUUGGUAGAGAAUUUAUGGUCAUUAGAAAAGGAUUUCAAUUUUCCAGUGGCUAAUGUAUUUGGUAAAGUAAUCAUGGACACAGACAUUCGUUCAUUAAAAAGCAAUGAAUGUCUCACUGACAGGGUCAUUGACUGUUAUUUGUUAUUGCUGGUCACACAACAAAGUGAAUUAGGAAGAAAUGUUGUACAUUAUGACCAAACCAAAAUGACAGGGAUCAUAAAUUCAGAUUUCCUAUUACCAGAUGUAUCCCAAAACUCUGGUAUAGAUUUAGAGGCUGAUGUUAUUGUGGGAGUGUAUCACAGGUCAUAUCAUUGGACUUUAGUGAUUGUUGAAGUAAGAGAAGGCAAGAUUUUUUUCUACAAUCCAUGUGGAGAGAAGAGCUAUGAGAUGAAAAAAAUUGAAAGGAGUUGGAGAAAAUAUGACCAUGAAUAUCGGCACAAGUACCAAAUAAGCAACAAGUCACCAGAUUGGAAGAUAUGUUCAAGUCCACAUGCUCUUCAGAGGGAUUCAUUCAACUGUGGAAUAUAUUGCCUUGUGUUUGCAGAGAAGCAUUUAAAUGGACACUUACAUGAUCUACAAAGUAUAACUAAAAAAGAUCUGCAAAUCAUGAGGAGAAAAGUAGCUUUAGAGUUGAUGCUUUAUAAAGUCUAUUUGACGGGAUGCUGCCCAAAAUGUGCUAAAAAAAUUGAAAAUGAGGAAAAGAUUGAAUGCAGCAUGUGCAAAAGAACCUACCAUUUUAAGCCUUUCUGCAUUGAAGAAGACAUUAUAGAUCUUGAAGAUUUGACAGACUUUAAAUGCAGAAUGUGCAGAAUAAAUUUCUGGGGAAAGUAUGAAGCUGACUUGAAAUCAGUUAACAAAGAAAUUGCCAAGAUAUCUACCUGUCAAAGAAAAGUAUUUAAGUACGGAUGAUUGCAAACUUACUUGUGAGACAAAGAACCAGAUACAGAGUGAAAAUAUGGAAAAAGAGGACACUGAAAAUGAGGAAGAGGAG